AGCGCUUUACGACACUUAACACAAACAUUGAUGACAAUGUCAUGGCGGCGCACGGACUCAGUUUUGAGAGCUCGAGCAACAUCGAAGAAAGGAAGAAUAGUAAACGACAUGCACGGCAAGAGGCGAUAGAAAAGGCCAAGCAGCUGUAUGAGAAGGAGGAGAGGAGGAAGGAGCUGAAGAGGCAGAGAGGGGAGGAUACUUGGAUGCUCCCUGAGAUCAACCAGAGACUGCAGGAGAUAGAGGAAGAGGGCUCUGUAAAAAGCAAGAAGAAGAAAGAGAAGAAAUCCAAAAAGAAAAAGGAGAAAAAGAAGAAGGCCAAGAAGGAGAAAAAGACAGAAGAAGAUUGCUCUGAUGACAGCUCAGAGGGCUCAGGGGACGAGUGGGUUGAGGCUCACACUCAGACACAAGCUACCAAAGCGUGGCAGGUUCCUGAUGCGUCCAAGCCUUCAGAGAGCAACUGCAGCCCAGCACAAAAUAUCGAGAGAGACGAAUGGAUGACCUUUGACUUUCUGGCAUUGAGAACCACAUCCACAUCAGAGAAGAGGUCCGAGAAAGAACGACUGAAAGAAGAAGAGAAGGCAAAGGCUGAGGCCAUUGAACAGGCUGGUUUGCACAAAUUGGAGCUAAACCCGUACUGGAAAGAUGGAGGAACUGGUCUGCCCCCAGAGAAGAUGGCUGGCACUGCAGCAAAGAAAGGAGGCCCAGUUGUCAAUGAUGCAGGUCUGGGCUGGCUGAGGAAGAGCUACCAAAGAAUGCAGGAGCAGGCAGAAAGGCAGCAGCGCAGCCUCAAUGAUGUGGUGGCCGAGAGAUACGGAUCUAUGGAAGAAUUUCAGCAAAGACUUGCAGAUGCUGAAAAAGCUGUGUAUGGACAGGGCAGAGGAGGAGAGGCAGACGGAACAGCAAGAGGCGGGUGGAGAAAAGGAGAGGACAGGGCCAGAGAGCAAUGGAGGAGAAAAGAUAGAGAUGGGGCAGAGAGAGAUCAAUGGAGAAGAAAUGAGAGGGAAAGAGAUUCAUCACCCACAGACAAAGAGAGACACCAUGCUGGAAGAGGAGAGGAUAGAGAAAGGGGAGGAUAUCGAGGCAGAGAGGAAGACAGAGGUCGAGACGGAGACAGGUUUAGAGAGAAAGGGAGAGAGAGGGACAGAGACAAGGAUAGAGACAAAGAGAAAGCUAGAGGACGAGACAGAGAGAGGGAUCGAGGAGUUGACAGAGAUAAUGAAAGAGACCAAGAUGGGGACAGAGGCAGAGAGAGAGAGAGGGAUAAUGAGAGAAUAAGAGAAAGUGCUGCAUCCUCAUCUGGGCAAAACUGGAGUCAUCGUUCUCCCUCUCUUGGGUCACUUAAAAGUCGCUUCCUCAAACCCUCAGAGGAUGACAGUGGUGAAGGGCGCCGUCCUCCUCCAGCACGGCCAUCCACAGGAUUCCUGAAACCAAGCUCUGACGAUGACGACUCUGGUCCAAGUAAUACCAGUGUGCCAUCCUGGAAGAAGAGCAGCAAUCCUGCCCGGGAAUCUGCCAGCUCUGAAAAACUACAACAGGAGAAAGAUCCUGGGAACAUUGUAACUACGGUUCAAGAUGUUCUGCGGGGCGAUAAUGCCGCUGCAACGACACCAAGUGAUAGUGAGGAAGAGGAGGAGGAAGAGGAGGAGGAGGAGGAGCUUCCACUGCUGUCAGAGGAGGAGAUGAACAAACUUGGAGCCAAACUGGUGAAAGCAGAGAUUAUGGGUAACACGGCCAUGGUUGAGAAACUGAAAUCCCAGCUGGACGCAGCACACAAGGCCAAAGAGAGCCACAUCGCCCGAAAGACGCUACAAGAGACAGCUAAGUUAAAGCAGGCCACAGGUCACUCUAGUGAGGACCAGGAAAUCCUGCUGUUCAGAACGGACCAAUCAGGUCGCGCCUGGCCAGUCAGUGCUCCCUCUGGACCCCAGGAGCCCCACGGAGGACGACGGAAGAAGAAACCGAUUGAGACCCAUGUUGACGGGGAGCGUGUGCGCUACUUCCAGGACGAUGACAAUGUGGGUCUGAAGGAGAUGGUGAGGAGGGAGAAGAUGAGCUCUGCACAGGAUCAGAACGCCCUCUACUCUCGCAUGGCUUCUAAGAUGAUGGGGAAGACAGACGGUGACAACUACACGCUGGAUGACAUGUUUGUGUCCAGUGCAGCGCAGCGGGAAGGCGAGGGGAGGGAGGAGGAGAGGAUGAGGAGCAGAGCCAUCAGGGAGAAUAGGAGGCUGGCUGCCUCCAUGGAGAAAUGCCAGCGGUGCUUCAGCAGCCACGAGCUCCAGAAGCACCUCAUAGUGGCAAUAGGGAGCAAGGUGUACCUGAGCCUGCCUGCGGGGGUGUCGAUGACAGAGGGCCACUGUCACAUCUGUCCUCUCCAGCAUCACUGCUCUGCCACCGGAUUGGAUGAGGAUGUCUGGUCAGAAAUGCAGCUGUUCCGGCGUACUUUGGUGCGAAUGUUUGAGUCCCAAGAUCUGGACUGUGUGUUUAUGGAAACCCACAUGAACCCACGCAAAAGACAUCACCUGGUCCUAGAGUGUAUCCCACUUCCACGAGAACUGGGUGAUAUGGCUCCCAUAUACUUUAAGAAAGCGAUCAUGGAGUGUGAUGAGGAAUGGGCCAUGAACAAGAAGGUCGUCGACCUCUCUUCGAAAGACAUCCGCCAUGCUGUUCCUAGAGGUCUGCCAUACUUUGCUGUAGACUUUGGACUCCAGGGAGGGUUUGCUCACGUCAUUGAAAAUGAACAGAAGUUCCCCCAUUACUUCGGCAAGGAAGUGGUAGGAGGCAUGAUGGACUUGGAGCCGCGACGUUGGAGAAAGUCAAUUAGAGAGAAUUUUGAUGACCAAAGGAAAAAAGUCCUACAAUUUGCGCAGUGGUGGAAACCGUUUGACUGCACCAAGACUGAGGGCUAGCUGGACGCACUCACAGAAAGGUGUACGCUUUGCUGACAAGAAAAGAUCACACACACACACACACACACACACACAC